ACCGGGCUCGGUGGCUGUCUGGCCACGUCCCCGGGCCACGUCGCUCGGUGCCCGCUGAGCUUGCGCCAUCUUCGCUCCCCGGCUCCGGGCCGCUCCGCCGCCUCCGUCGCCAUGAACAUCUUCCGCCUCACCGGGGACUUGUCCCACCUGGCGGCCAUCAUCAUCCUGCUGCUCAAGAUAUGGAAGAGCCGCUCCUGCGCUGGUAUUUCUGGGAAAAGCCAGCUUCUGUUUGCACUGGUCUUCACUACCCGCUAUCUGGACCUCUUCACUUCAUUCAUUUCAUUGUAUAACACAUCUAUGAAGCUUAUCUACAUUGCUUGCUCGUAUGCCACCGUGUACCUGAUCUACAUGAAAUUUAAGGCCACCUAUGAUGGAAACCAUGAUACGUUCAGGGUGGAGUUUCUGAUAGUUCCUGUUGGUGGUCUCUCAUUUCUUGUCAAUCAUGACUUCUCUCCUCUGGAGAUAUUGUGGACUUUCUCCAUCUACCUUGAAUCUGUCGCCAUUCUCCCCCAGCUUUUUAUGAUCAGCAAAACUGGGGAAGCGGAGACCAUCACUACUCACUAUCUUUUCUUCCUGGGUCUGUACCGUGCCUUGUACUUAGUCAACUGGAUUUGGCGCUACUAUUUUGAGGGAUUUUUUGACCUCAUAGCGGUUGUUGCUGGUGUGGUCCAGACUGUUCUUUACUGUGACUUCUUCUAUUUGUAUGUUACAAAAGUACUCAAGGGAAAGAAGCUCAGUUUGCCAGCGUAAGUGCCAAAAAACAUCACCAGCAUCUGUCCUUUGGGAUGCUUGGACAGAACAAUCCUUAUCACAAGCAAAGGUGAAGAUGCUUGAGACAGAAAGUCAGAAACACAGCUCUUUAUAGUGCAGGUAGUCAUCAGCGGCUCUGUAAGAACGGAGGAAAAACAACCAGCAGAUUUCUGUUUGAUGCAUCUUGCCUUUAUCUUUUUUAUUACUAUGUAUAAAGAUUUUUUACAUAAAGAAACUUAUACUGUAUUAAUAAAUUCAGUGUAUGGUUUCAAUUGGAAUAAUUCCAAAAGUGAGAUUUUUGUGAGAUUGUUUAUGACCAGGAAAAAGUGCAAACUUUUUUUUUUUAAUUUUCAAGAAUUUCUUUGAAAUUACUGAUUUUUUUUUUCUUUAUUUUUUUUCCAGUGCACAAACACGUGCAUCCUUGAUGGAUGGUACCCAUCUCUUCUUUCCCUUUGAUUCAAUUUUCAUUCCACUAUAUUUAUUUUUUUUUUUCCAAAAGGUGAAUAUUUGUCAACUCGAAUCUAAAACCACCAAUGUUUGCUGUGAUGUGCUGGUGCCCGAUCCUUGUGCCAUCUGCUGACGUGGAGUUCCUUGUUUCAAACAUACGUUGGUGCCGGAAGGGGAGCACUCACAUUCUGUAGUUGUCCUCCUUCUAACACAGGCUGAUGGCAGGAGGGCAAUAAGGAAAUCUUACGGCCACGAGAAAUUGGCCUUUCCUGUUUUUGCCAUGUUUGGGAAGGUGAUCCCAGCGGUGGUAGCACCUGGCAGUGCAGGUUGUGAAGGUGAGAGUCGUGGUUAUGGUGCUUAGUGGCAAAUGCUUGUAACUGUUUGUUCGUUCUGAACAAGGAGGUUCAAUAUUUGGAUGUGCAGCCCCGCGACACCACUGCAGCUGUAGGAAUGGGGGACGUGUGAGUUGUUGAUGGCAGUAAUCUGUAGGUGAUCGUUUUUAAACAAUAUCUCCAUUUCUUUUUAACGAGUGCUGUAUGAGCAACGUCCAUGUUCAGCUUCAAGUGGUUUUGGUGUCACUUUUGGACAACUAAUAUUUUUUUAAUAGACUUUUCCGAGAUCAGCAGCACCAGUUUCCAUUCUUUUUUUCCUUCCAGUGAUUCCCUUUUUUUACUGAGCUGUUGCAUGAUUUAUCCUGUGUUACCAUCCUCAAUAAACACUUUAUGAAAUGGUGAA